CCACUUUAUGACCAAAUAAAUGAACAUGAAUAAACAAAUUGAGCGGAUGAUGUGAAAUAUGAAGUAAACUGGGUCUCCCUCUCUUCACACAAACGCAAGAGCAGAAGUUCACACACACACUGAGUCAGUCGCACAAAUUGGUAAAAAUCUGGGAGCUCUGCCAGAAAGAUCCUCCGACCCUCCCCUCCCCUCCGACCCCUCCCCAUCAGGUGACAUUGCUGUUCUCACGGCAGGUUCCUCAGUACUGAACUUACUGCUCCCACUGACAGACACAGGGUGAUGGAGGAGAACAUGGAACUGGAACCUCUGGCAAACGGAUCUGCAGCCCGACCCCCCGACCCCAAACUUACAGAGACCCCCCUGGCUAGGGAUGCGGAAAAAGGGGGAGAGACAAAGUCACAGACUCGGUACAGACAGAUAUGUCAAGGCAAAAAGAAAUGGCUGUGGGGGUUUAUUUCUGGUAUGAGCAUCAUCAUCCUCAUCGUACUGAUCUGUGUAUAUUCAAUUAACAACGAUACCGCAGGUGCCCAAACACAGAAAGAAAAUGGGCCAGUUCCUGACAAAGGGCCAGUUCCAGUUGAAGUGACAGUUGCUGCUGAAGGGGCAGUUCCUGAUGGAGUGACAGUUGCUGCUGAAGGGGCAGUUCCUGAUGGAGUGACAGCUGCUGCUGAAGACAAUGAGACUGCUGGAGACUGUGAGAGACUGGUUUAUGUAUCUGCCAAUAACAGUGACGGCUCCUUUCAGUCCAGCUAUGACUCCUGUGCCAGCAAAGGAUAUGAACUACUGAAAGAACCAGAUAUAGAAGUUAGGAAACACUGUAUUCCCCAAGGAGAGGAUUUCUGGAUUCAUGGCCGACGUGAUUGUGAGCCGUGCCCAGUGUACAACACUCACGAUGGAGUUUUACGUUUGGAUUCCACCACAAUGCGGCGUUUCUUCUGUGAUCCACAAGCACCAGAACCAACUGAUGGGCAAAUAUAACUGAGCGGCAGCAGAAGCCUCAGAGGAAGGAAGAACAGAGACUGGGAAAGGAACGUUUGUAUCAGUGAUUGCUGCUGAGUAAUGUCUUAUCUAAUGGAGUCUGGGAUCAAAUUGUAGAGCUGCUAUUGGGAAAUGGAGGGCGGAUAAAAUUUUAUUUAUUUUAAGAAUGUAGACUAGAAAAGUGGUUAAAAAAACAGAAGGGAAUUUCCCACUUAUUCGCAUCAGGCACCUACUCCUGAAUGGACCAAUCAGAAGAGAUUAUUAUAAUGUACAAAUUGUUUGGUUUUAUUCCUUUAUUCCACUGGGGUGGCCUCACCAGGAGCCCCUGCAGUCCCCAUGGGGCCAACACCAGUCUUCCCCCGAGUGUGUGUAAAUUAAAUAAACCUUCAGGGGGAGGGAGAUCAGUGGCCUGGGGGAGCACCAAUCGGAUGCAGGUCUGGGCCCACUAGGGCUGGGGCCCAGUCCAACCCUGCUUACUGCCCCUUUAAUUAUUCUCCUUUAUUUAUAUUGCACCACAGUAGCAUUUUAUUGAAUUUAUCAUUCCCAUCAGUCCCUGUCCCAGUGGAGUUUACAAUCUAAUGUCCCUAUCACAUACUAGGGGCCGUUAUAUCAGGAGCCAAUUAGCCUGCGUUUAUAUAUUUGGGGUGUGUAAGAGAACCAGAUUGCUGGGGGGGGGGGACCCAUACACGGGGAGAUACACGGGGAGAUGUUCUGGUCAACUAGACACGUUUUUUCUACCAAUUACCCUGUACCUAGAAAUAAAUAUAUAUAUUUUUUUUUAAUCCUUCAAAGUGUGUGACGUUUGGCUUGGUCCCUGCGCUACUGAUACACAAAUACUAAGGAUAACAAAAAGUUCUUUCAGAAAUAGAAUAAAUGUAUUUAUUCCAAGCAAUGGGCCCGUAUCAUUGUGACUAAUGUCACGGAAAUGGCAUUUUGGGCCAAGAAUAGGCUUAUACAGUAUACCGUG